AUGCAGUUCCUGAUAAGCACCGGAGCCAUGUGCUUCAAUCUCUAUCGACUGUCACUGAUGAAAAUUAAUCUGAAAUUCCUGGAAACGGUCAGCUACACGUUGUGUCUGCUCAUGCAGAUAUUCUAUUACUGCUGGUACGGCAACGAAGUGAAACUGAAGAGUUUGGAGAUACCGAACGCGGUGCUGGAAAGUAACCUGUGGUCAUUGAACGAGAACUCGAAGAAGAUUCUUUUACUGAUCACGAGACGCGCGUUGGAACCUAUAGAAUUCACUGGCUGUCACAUCAUCUCCAUGAAUCUCGAAUCGUUCCUGAUGCUGCUGAGGACCGCCUACUCAGCGUAUAAUUUACUCAAACAAAGCAACGCAGGAAAUAGAAUGAUAUACAAGUAUUGUACCCUAAGUCAGAUCGUUGAAACAUUAACAAACAUUCUGGACAUAAUCAUCAACGUGGAGAAUCAGGAUCAAUUCAGCGACAAUUUCUACAUCACUUUAGUGGUGUUUGUCAGCGGUUGCAAACUGAGCAUUAUGUUGAAGCAUCGUCGAAGUAUCUUAUCCUUGAUCGACAGUCUCGAAAACGAGCCAUUCUCCACGACCAACGACGAGGAGAUGAAAAUUCGAAGCAAGUUUAACAAAAUGAACGAGAGAAUCGCGAUUGGUUACACGAUUUUAGUAGAGGUGGCCGCGAUAUCGAUAUUCGUGAGAUCGUACUUCACGGAUUUCAAGAAGAGAAAAUUGACUUUCCGAGCUUGGUUACCCUACGAUUAUUCGGAACUGUUGCCAUAUGCGUUCAGUUACGCCUACGAAACUGUGGACAUAAUCAUCAACGUGGAGAAUCAGGAUCAUUUCAGCGACAAUUUCUACGUCACUUUAUUGGUUUUGUCAGUGGUGUUUGUCAACGGUUGCAAACUGAGCAUUAUGUUGAAGCAUCGUCGAAGUAUCUUGUCCUUGAUCGACAGUCUCGAAGACGAGCCAUUCUCCACGACCAACGACGAGGAGGUGAAAAUUCGAAGCAAGUUUAACAAAAUGAACGAGCGAAUCGCGAUUGGUUACGCCAUUUUAGUAGAGGUGGCCGCGAUAUUGAUGUUCGUGAGAUCGUUCUUCACGGAUUUCAAGAAGAGGAAACUGGUUUUCCGAGCUUGGUUACCCUACGAUUAUUCGAAACUGUUGCCAUACGUGUUCAGUUACACCUACGAGGUUACCACUUCGAUGCUGUGCACUUGCCAAAGUGUCGCCUGUGACACUCUAUUCGUUGGAUUGCUGAUCCAAAUUUACAGUCAGUUCGAGAUACUCGGGAAACGUCUGGGAAAUAUUCAGAAAGACGAGAAUCACUCGGCGAAGCAAUGCGUCAAACAUUAUCAAAAGAUAUACAAUGGGGAAUUUCAACCGAUUUUGAAAAUGACCGUGCACACGUUACAAUGUUCGCGUAUAUUUCUUUCGAUUUGCGGCUGCUUGCCGCCGAGCUCGUGGACGUCGUCGUUUACCAAGUCCUUGUACAAUAUUUAUACGUUGUUCGUGUGGCUUUUGAUAUUCUCCCUCGCGUCCGCUCAGAUUCUGGACAUAAUCAUAAACGUGGAGAAUCAGGAUCAAUUCAGCGACAAUUUCUACAUCACUUUAGUGGUGUUUGUCUGCGGUUGCAAACUGAGCAUUAUGUUGAAGAAUCGUCGAACUAUCUUGUCCUUGAUCGACAGUCUCGAAAACGAGCCAUUCUCCACGAUCAACGACGAGGAGGUGGAAAUUCGAAGCAAGAUCAACAAAAUGAACGAGCGAAUCGCGAUAGUUUACACAAUUUUAGUAGAAGUGGCCGCGGUAUCGAUAUUCGUGAGAUCGUACUUCACGGAUUUCAAGAAGAGGAAAUUGACUUUCCGGGCUUGGUUACCCUACGAUUAUUCGGAACUGUUGCCAUACGUGUUCAGUUACGCCUACCAAGGUAUCACUGCGAUGCUUUGCUCUUGCCAAAGUGUCGCCUGUGACACUUUAUUCUCUGGUUUGCUGAUCCAAAUUUACAGCCAGUUCGAGAUACUCGGGAAACGUCUGAAAAAUAUUCAGAAAGACGAGAAUCACUCGGCGAAGCAAUGCGUCAAACAUUAUCAAAAGAUAUACAAAUUUUCUAGAACGGUGAACGAGAAAUUCAAGACAGUAAUUUUUUUACAAUUUUGCUCGAUCGCAUUCACGUUGUGCUUCAAUCUUUAUCGAAUGACCAACAUAACGAUAGUUCUUAAAUUUCUGGAAGCCUCGCUCUAUUUAAUUCGCACUAUCGCGCAGAUAUUGUACUACUGUUGGUGCAGUAACGAAGUGAAACUGAAGAGUCUUGAAGUGCCUGGUAUGAUAUUUAACAGUAAUUGGACAUCGUGGGAUGUGAAGACAAAGAAAAUUCUGUUAGUGCUCAUGACGCGAACAACACGGCCUAUCGAAUUCACCAGUGGCUACUUGGUAACGUUGAAUAUCGAGUCUUUCGUGGCGCUGAUGAAAGUGUCGUACUCGGUGUUCAACUUGCUGAAACAGACCAAGUGAAAAAAAACGUACCUUGAAGUUGUUUCUUUCGAUUCUUCCGCAGGAAUAAGUUCCACAGAUGUACCAAUGCAUGUAAAAUACACAGCAAUAAACUUUACGUUAUCAACUA